AGAAUAAUCUCACCAUAGUAACCGAAUUCAUUCUCAUGGGCUUUACUGACCAUCCCGAACUGGAGAUUCCCGUCUUCCUGGUGUUUCUGAGUUUCUAUCUAGCCACCCUUCUGGGGAAUAUGGGGAUGAUUAUUCUAAUCCAAGUGGAUGUCCAACUCCACACCCCAAUGUACUUUUUCCUGAGCCACCUCUCCCUGCUGGAUGCCUGCUAUGCCUCGGUCAUCACCCCUCAGAUUCUGGCCACACUGGCCACAGGCAAAAUGGUCAUCGCCUAUGGCCACUGUGCUGCCCAGUUCUUUUUCUUCACCAUCUGUGCAGGCACAGAGUGCUUCCUGCUGGCAGUGAUGGCUUAUGACCGCUACGUUGCCAUCAGCAACCCGCUGCUCUACACUGCAGCCAUGAAUCCCAGAACCUGCUGGAGUUUGGUGGUGGCAGCCUACACCUGUGGGGUGUCAGGGGCCAUCCUGCGUACUGGGUGCACCUUCACUCUCUCCUUCUGUGACGACAAUCACAUCGACUUCUUCUUCUGUGACCUCCCACCCCUGCUGAAGCUCUCCUGCAGUGACACAACAAACACGGAGAUUGUCAUUGUCUUCUUUGGCAACAUUGUGAUUUCAGCCAAUGCCUUGGUCAUCCUGAUUUCCUACCUGCUCAUCAUCAAGUCCAUUUUGAAGGUGAAAUCUUCAGGUGGCAGGGCCAAGACUUUCUCCACAUGUGCCUCCCACCUCACUGCUGUGGCCCUUUUCUUUGGGGCCCUCAUCUUCAUGUAUCUACGGAGUGGCUCAGACAAAUCCCUGGAGGAAGACAAGGUGGUGUCUGUCGUCUACACCGUGGUCAUCCCCAUGCUGAACCCUCUGAUCUACAGCUUGAGAAACAAGGAUGUGAAAGCUGCCUUCAAAAAGGUCACUGGAAGAUUCCAGGUGUCUCAGAGUAUGUAG